AUGAAUAUCUAUAUCUAUUUGAGCCGUAACUCUAUGACCCUCCAAAGUUAUGUUUAUUUGAUGACUGAGCUCCGGACCGUCACCUUAUUGAUAAAAAUUUACAAAUUGUAA